AGGAGUGUUCUCUCUCUCUCUCUCUGUGGCUGGUCGAACGAAAGUGUUGGCAGACGAUUUUGGUUUGCUUUUGGAGCUGGAAAUCAGAUUGCCUGGCAGUUCAGGGAGGGAGGAAGGGAGGGAUGGGGUCUGUGAAUUUCGUUCUUGCAUCCAGGGCAGGACGAAGGUGGCGGAUGGAUUCGCUUUCGUUUCUCGAGGAGAGGUUGCGGAUUGGUUCUGUCUUCGAAUGGCGACUGGGAGAUGGGAAUGCGUCGACUGCAGGGCAGCUGGCAAAAGUGCGUUCAUCAUCGCCGCUGCAAGUGAGGAUGGAUUUUACUGCACGGUUUAAUCGUCAACAUCCACGAUUGCAUCCAGUUUUGACAAUGAUGCGCAGCCCUAGCAGCCCUAGUCAUUUGGUUGCCGCCAGCUUCAGCAACUCUGGGCCAUCUCUGAGCUCUUGCACGGUCACUUUGGAAGACGUGCUUCAGUUCUGGCACAGAGACGUAGAUGCGGAAAAGAAUGUGUUUGCGAGUAAGAGUUGGUUCAUGCGUGGUCCUGAUUUCGACCGAGAGGUGGAGAUGAAGUUUGGCGAGUGUGUGAACUUAGCAGCCGAAGGGGCCCUAGAUGGAUGGAAAGAUAGUGUGCGCAGUAGGCUUGCUCUUGUGAUCGUAUUGGACCAACUUCCAAGGAAAAUCUAUCGGAAAUCUCCGAAAGCUUAUGCGUAGGAUGAGAUUGCUCGGAAAAUAACUCUGGAGACGAUCGAGCAG